AUGGCCACCGAGGCCGCACCUCCUCUCGCCGGAAUCCUCGAUCUUGAGGUUGAGAUUCUGGCCGACAUUCUCCAGUUCAUCGUCCUUGAGUCCCCUUGGUCAGUCCCAGCUGUCAGAAGAGUCAACAAGCAUUUCCGCGACGUCAUCGCACUGGUCCAAGACCGUCAAGUCGAUCUUACUUGGUCCGACCAACAUGGUCAUUUCGUCCGCAAAAAGCACUAUCGUUUCAACUCCGGCAAGAGGAAUGACAGCUCGGUGUCUAGCCCUACUUACAACGCAACAUGGAAGAACAACGAUGUCUUGCAGCAGGUGCGGCUGCUAACCAUUGCACCAUUCGAAACACCUCCCACCCAACCCACUCAGAAUAUGACCACCGAGCUGGUCGAUAUCUUGAAAACCGCCAAGAAUAUUAAGACAUUGAAGUGGCUCCCUUCUUCUAUACCCAGUGAUGAGGUAAUUAAGGCGCUGUCUGUCCAUCACCCAACCGCCCAAUUGAGGGUGAAUCGCAUGGCUCGUUGCUACCAUACAGACUCAGAUGUCCAGAAAGCACGUCUCCUCAACUUGGAAGACUCUCUCGCUUCCUCCACGACUCUGUCAAUGCUUGGGAUUAAAGGGCACGCAGACUACCAUGCCUACGGCAUUCAACGUGUCUGCUCUGUUUCACACAUCAAUUACCCCAAGAUAAUCGCCUCUGCUCCCUCCCUGAAAACUGUGUCGAUAAUCGACUGCAGAUUUUCCCUUCCAAAUAACAUGGCAGAUGAUGCUUACUUGAACAAGAUCACCCAAAGAAGCAAGACCAUCAGACAUCUUACUCUAGAGAUGUGGCCGCUGUCUGCCGAGACACUAGACUUUUGGAACCGCUUUGUCGAUCUCAGCUAUCUCGAAACCCUCAAACACACCAGAGGAUAUGUGUCAGCGUCCUAUUUUCCACGUGCUGCCCAACUCCUAACGGGAUUGCGACAUUUCAGCUUGAAUAUGAGAGCCGUUGCGGAUGUUGGAGGCGCAGAAGCAGAGGCAGCUCGGCUGUUCGUCGAAUCUUGCUCCCCAUUGACGACCUUGAGUUUGUGGUCCUGGAUUGGUAUAGUUAGUCUCGAUGCCAUCAUGAGGCAACACGGUCCCACCUUGACUGCGCUACAUCUCCAUGAAAGAGAAGAGAUCUGGCCAGUCCGAUCUAGGAAAGUCUUGUCGCUCGAUGACAUCAGAUUAAUUCGAACAUCCUGUCCCAAUCUCAAAAGUUUUACCUUUGAUCUGCGACGCCAAUCGAGUCAGCCUAAGAUCGAAGAAUACCGACAGAUCCUUGAAGAGAUCCGCGACAUGAACCUGGAGCAUCUUGAAAUCUAUCUAGACAGCGGAUUGCUUUACCUGUCGAUCCCGGUUCAGGAUCAGGUUGAUGAUGAUCUUGACCAAAAUGAUGAGGACGAGGACGAAGAUGAGGACGGAGACGAAGAUGAAGAAGACGGUGCCGAUUCUGAAAAGCAGAUUCUUCUAGUCAAUCAUUGCGGUGGUGCGUACACCCAGACCGGAUUGACUUCAAGACGGAUUCCCAAAGAACUUGAACUUCAAGCACCACCAGGAAUGGAGCUCCUUGAAGAAGAGACCAUGAUGCAUCCUCCAUCCGCAGCUGAUGACAUUUGCGAGUUCGCCGGGGAUGUGUGGAAAUUUGUCUUUGCUGCAAGACACUCUGGUCCACGACUACUAGACAUGAAGUUUGGAGAAUGGGAACGAGUUACGAUGCCACGUCUGUAUCAAGUCAAUUUCCAAGAGAGGCAAAAAGAUGUGAGGACUUGGGUACGAGCGAGGCCACAUGAACGAGACGACUUGCAGGGCCAAUGCUUUGCACAAUUGAAGUGUUGCCAGGGCAAGCACUGGAAGUGUUGGACGACGACGUCAUGAUGAUGCUGAUGAAUUGGGAUGAGCUGAGGUAUAUUGUUGCUAGCGAUUGUCGAGGUUGGGCUGCUACCAAGGGUAGACACACAAGCCUCUCUGACAUGGAUGCCACUUUGUUUGACAGAGGGAGUAGCUGACUAGGAGCUACACGACAUGUUUGCUAGAGUGUUGAUGAAUAUUACGGGAUCACGAGACCUCUACCUGAUGUGGAACUGGUCACCAUGUGCUAGCUACUCAAAGGAGAUUCUGUACCAUAGGCUCAAAAUAGCCUUGUCAUGUCAUUCAAACAAGUACGAG